GGACAACACGUUUCUCUCGCUAACAAUCACCCCCUCUCUCUCUCUCUCUCCAGUCUCCACUAUAAUAAGCACACCCUCCAUCUUCUACUUACGUUCAAAAAACUACCUUCCCAUCUCUCUCACUCUCUCUCGUCAUGGCAUAUCAUGGGGAUUCAAUCUAUAAGCUCCUCUUACCCUUCCUUCUGGUAUUUGCUUAUGCCAUACCAACUCAAGGCCAGGGCACUAAAGUGGGUUUCUACUCAUCAUCGUGCUCACGUGUCGAGUCGAUUGUUCGAUCCGCUGUUGAGUCUCACUUCAAAUCAGACCCAUCAGUGGCUCCUGCUUUGCUGAGAAUGCACUUCCAUGACUGCUUUGUUCAGGGCUGCGAUGCCUCUGUUCUCAUCAAUGGUCCUUCAGCUGAGAGAAACGCACUGCCGAAUCUCUCUCUAAGAGGAUUCGAAGUGAUUGACGAUGCCAAGGCUCACCUUGAGGCUGCAUGUCCUGGUGUUGUUUCUUGUGCAGACAUUCUAGCUCUUGCCGCUCGUGAUUCCGUUGAUUUGACGAAGGGUUUGAGCUGGUCGGUGCCCCUGGGAAGGAGAGAUGGGUUGGUAUCCGCGGCUUCCGACGCAUCAAAUUUGCCAGGAUUCACAGACUCAGUGGAUGUGCAGAAACAAAAAUUCAUCGAAAAAGGCCUCAACACGCAUGACUUAGUCACUCUCGUUGGGGGUCACACAAUCGGCACAACAGAGUGUCAGUUUUUUCGAUACCGUCUCUACAACUUCACAACCGCCGGCAACGGAGCCGACCCAACGAUAAGCUCAUCAUUCGUCUCUCAACUGCAAACCCUGUGUCCAUUUGACGGAGACGGUACCAGAAGAGUGGCUCUAGACACCGGGAGUCAAAACACAUUCGAUGUGUCGUACUUCACUAACCUAAGAAACGGUCAGGGAAUACUGGAAUCUGAUCAAAGAUUGUUCACAGAUGAUUCCACUCGUACUUAUGUAAAGAAUUAUGCCGGAAUACUGAGAGGAGUGCUUGGACUAAGGUUUGGUGUAGAGUUUGGGCGCUCCAUGGUUAAGAUGAGCAACAUUGGUGUCAAAACUGGAACAGAGGGAGAGAUACGAAAGGUCUGCUCUUCCUUCAAUUAGGGUGAGUGGGUGAAUCUGGGCCGUUAGAUAAGGGUUUGGAGGGCGGCUAGGGGUGACCAGUAAGAUGCAUCAUUUGAUCGCAUAGGAUAAGGUCGGUGUACCAUGUGGUGAAUUAUUAAGAAUUAUUGGUGGGUUUUGUUGCUUCCCUUGCCAACAAAAAGGGGGCGGCCAGAGGUUGUCGUAGAUCUGAGGAAUCUACCAUUAAUUGAUAAUGUUGAGAAGUAACGUCGUUAUUAGCUGUGAAGAUCGUAUGGUAAAUCGACAAUUAAUUGUCUUCAAAUAAUAAAAUGCGCGGUUUGUACCAAAAAAAGUAAAGCGGUUUGUAUCAAAAAAAGUAAA